GUUCGUGAGGGGAAGUUUCGGGUGCCAUGGAUUGAGGGGUUGGUUGCAUUCGUUUAGUACAAUUUAUCUGGUAGUAUUAAGAGGUGGACUCCCCUACCCAUGCGGAGGGGAAGUGUUCCAUCUCACCAUCUAACCCCCAAUCCGUCCAUCCAAUCCAUCAUCUAGUAUUACAAGCGUCAUCAACAGCAUCAACAGAGAUCCACCAUGGGCCACAAGAAGAUCCGCACCGCUCUCUCAGUUGAUCUGAACAAGCCAGCCUGGGAGCAGCCUGGCCUCCACAACAGAUGGCAUCCAGACGUCCCCUCCUACGCCAAAAUCGCCAACAACGAAGUCGUCAAAAUCGAAUGUCUCGACUGGACGGGCGGCCAAAUCAAGAACAACGAUUCGGCCGACGACAUCAAAAACGUCGACCUCACGCAGAUCCACUACCUCUCCGGCCCAUUUGAGAUUGAGACUGCAGAGCCAGGCGAUGUCCUCCUCGUCGAGAUUCAAGAUGUGCAGCCCUUCGAGGACCAGCCGUGGGGGUUCACGGGUAUCUUUGAGAAGAGUAAUGGGGGUGGGUUUUUGGAUGAGAUUUAUCCGGAAGCUGCAAAAGCCAUCUGGGACUUCGAAGGCAUCUUCUGCUCCUCGCGGCACAUCCCGCACGUCCGAUUCGCAGGUCUCAUUCACCCCGGUAUACUGGGAUGUGCGCCAUCUGCUGAGGUCCUGGCAGAGUGGAAUCGUCGCGAGGGAGAGCUCAUCGCUGCCAAUACUACCCUUGGACGAGACGUUGCGAAGCCUCCGGAGCCGAAGAGCGCGCAUGCAGGUAGUGCAACGGACGAGGAGGUGAAGGCGAAGAUAGCGAAAGAGGGGGCGAGAACUAUUCCUGGCCGCCCCGAACAUGGCGGCAACUGCGACAUCAAGAACCUCUCCCGGGGCUCAAAAGUCUACCUUCCGGUACACGUCCCGGGGGCCAAAUUCUCCGUCGGCGAUCUACACUUCAGCCAAGGCGACGGGGAGAUAUCCUUCUGCGGAGCGAUCGAAAUGGCAGGGAUAAUCACUCUCAAGUUCACGGUCCUUAAAGGAGGUAUGGAGAAAAUGGGCAUGAAGUCUCCCAUUUUCCACCCGGGGCCUGUGGAGCCCCAGUUCGGACCGGGGAGGUAUCUCACGUUCGAGGGGUUCUCGGUCGAUGAGAAUGGCAAGCAGCAUUAUCUUGAUGCGACUGUUGCGUAUAGACAGACUUGUUUGAGGGUGAUUGAGUAUUUGAGACGGUAUGGGUAUAGUGAUUAUCAGAUCUAUUUGUUGUUGAGUUGUGCGCCGGUGCAAGGGCAUAUUGCGGGGUUGGUGGAUAUUCCCAAUGCGUGUACGACGCUGGGGGUGCCGAUGGAUAUUUUUGAUUUUGAUAUUAGGCCUGAGGCGGAGGUGGUCAGGUUGGAUAUGGGGAGUUGCGCGUUUAGUUCGAAGUAGUUGUUCGAAGUAGGUGGGUGGGUUGGAGUUGUAGGAAUGGUGUUGGGGAGAGGAAGAGAGUAUGUGGUGUUUGGGAUGGGUUGUGGAAGCUUGAGUGUUUGUAAGGUGUGCGUUUGGAUGCAGGCCAAUAUUACUUGAGAUGCUGAGAGGUCAAUAUUCUAUAAACUUCAAGUCGAGAGUAAACACUGGACUGAGUUGAGGAAUUUACUACUCCAGAGCUCGAGCUUAUACAGUAAUAAAGUCUUACGAAAGAAUUGGUAUAGAGCUGCUACAUUGUGAAUGACUCUGUAAAUAUAGAGAUUCUGAUAGUCUACUUCUUCUGAGAAAGGGAUAGCUUG